AAAUAAUUUAAACAUGUAAGAAGAAGAUGAUGAAAGAUUUUUCUCAAACAAUUAUAUUUCUGCUAUAGAAGUUUUUGUACAUACAUAUAGCAAAGAUAUAAUGGAGGAAUAUGUAUUAUGAAAUUUAAACUCAUAUUAGGGUAGAUCAACAAAAAAAAGAAAAGGAAAUGAAUAUUUUGUUUAUAAAGAUUUAAGUGAUCGAAAUGCAGUACUCACUAUUUAUAGAUCAGUUUCAUAUAAUUGUAAUUACUUAUUUUACAAAGAAUAACCUGAUAAUUAACCCAAUAUUGUAAAUACAGUAAUUUCAUGGUUACAAAACCAUUAGAAAACAAUAUUACCGAAAAUGGAAAAAGAAAAACUUGGAGAGAAGAGUUUUUUAAAGCAUAUUUUAACUUAAAAAAGCAUGAAAUCUCCAGAUUAAAAUGCUUUAGAAUAUAUGAAAUAAAAUGUUACUCUGCUUCAUUAUGUUAAUGAAGCAGCAGAAAAAUAAGCAGAAGGUUUUGUUAAUAAUGUUCUUAUGAUGGUCUAAGCUAUCAAAAGUACACCAAAAUAAUUUUAUAUUAAUUAUUUUGCUUAAGCUGUAGCUUUAUAGAUGAGACAAACAAAAAAACGUAAUUAAUUAUUAAUAUAUUUAUCAUAGCAUUAAAUCCAACAGAAACAUCAUUCAAAGCCAAUAAAGUGAUAUUUAUUAAUCUGAGUGGAAAAGAAAGUUUAAUAAAUCUAGAUCAUUUUUAAUAGUAUUUGGAUAAAUCUGAUGAGUUCAUUUAUUUCUCAUUCAUUAACAUUUAAGAAGAUAGAGAUAUUUAAACCUAAUUUAAAGAUUUCUAAAUUUAUUUCAAUAAUAUGAAAUCUGUAAAUAGCAAUUUUAAUUUAUUUCCAUAUUUGAGUCAUUAAAAUAAAAAUCAAAGGUUUCUCUUACAUGGAUAAUUACUAAAAACCUUUUUCAGCGUUUUUAUGCAUAAUAGAAUUGAAAAAUUCUCACAUAAUUCUUAUAUAGCAUUAAGUCUAUCAUUAUCUGAUGAUAUUGAUUAUGAUACUUUUGGAAUAUAAUUUUUAAUUCAAAAACUGAUUAAAUUAAGUCAUAAUAAAUUAAUUAUUCAUAUAGAUAUUGAAAUUAAUGAAGAUAGACCUGAUUUUCUAAUGAAAUUAACUCAAUUAAUGAAUCUCUGUUAUUCUUCAUUUCAAGAAUAAAAUAUUACAAUUUAAUAGUUAAUUCCAAAAGAAAAAUAAGAAUUAUAUCGUCUUAUUUAAAACAUAAAAGUAUAAUAUCAAAAACUUGAAUUAUAUCAUUUAAUAGAAUAAUUUCAGUACACUUUUAUAUAAUUGUAAAACCAAUUUCAAGAAAUCUGUGAAAUUUAAAAUGAUCCUUGUAGAGAAUAAGUAAAUUAAAUUUAGAAAGUCUUUUAUAAAAAAGAUACCAAGAGAUAUUUGACUAUUUGUCCUCUAUUGGAAAAUAACCAUUAAAUAACACCCUAUACAUAGAUUAUAAUUAAUUAUUAAGAUGAUAUCAUUAUAUUGUAUUAAAAUGGAGAAUCUAAAUUUUUAUAUUUUCUUUAAAUAGAAAAUUAACAUUUUAAAGAUUAAAAUAAAAUAUUAAAGAUUUAAUUGUAAUUUAUACAUCUCUAAAAAUAGCAAAAAUAUCAGUAACAUUCUAGAUUUUGAUAAAAUUCAAAAUUAGAUAGUAUUUUAUUUGAAUAGUCAAAUUUAUGUUCUCUAUGGUUAAUAAAAUUAUCAAAUCAAUAUGAAAUGCACAAGAUUUAAUAUUAAAACAUAAGAAUAGACAAUAUUAUUAUUUAAUGACAAAGAAAAAUUAAAUUAAGGUAGUUUUCAUUCAAAAAUUGCUUUUUCAAAAUUUACAAAUGAAUAAUUAUAAGAAAGAAUAAAAGCUAGAGUAUCACCAACAGUUUGUAUUGAAAAUUCAAAUGAACAUCUUUUAAAGAUUGUAAUUUUUGGAGGUGAAAAUAUAGAGUAAAAAUAUAUAAUGAUAUGAAAUAGAUCUCCUUAGAUAAUGAAUCUAAUUGAAUAUGUAGAAAUUAGAUCUACAGAUUUUGUAACAGGUAUUUUAGAUAAGAGUGUGUUAUUUAAAGAAUUAUCAUUUAAACCUUAUCCAAACUAAACAGUUUUAGAAUUUAAAAAUAAAAAUGAUACAUGCUAUUUAAUAUUACCUGGAAAUGAUAUACUUAGAUAGAAAAGUCAAAAUCAUCCUAUAAACAGUUAAUUUUCUUAAAAUGCAAUCAUUUUAAUUAAAAAAGCAGUCGAUUUUUCAAUAUCAAAUAUACCUAUAACAUAUUUUGGGAAAUAAUCAUAUGGUUUAAGCUAUAUUACUAAUAGUUAAUCAAAUUCUUAAAUUAUAUAUUAAGAUGAAUAAUAAUAAUUAGUUGUAUGGAGAGUGAUUUAUACUUAAAGCUUGAAAAUUGAAUCAAUUUAAAAGCUGAAAUUGGAUUAUUGUUUAGAAUUAAAUACAAAAUAAGAUAAAACUUUGUUAAGAAAUGAAAAUGGUAAUAUUUUUUUAAUUAAAGAUUAAAAAAGUGAAAUAGAAAUGAUUAUUUCUUAUCUUAUCUAAAUUGAAUUAGAUGAGGAAGAUAUUCAAGAUCAUUUAAUUAAAAUAAAAGAUUUUGAUGAAAAAAGAAGAUAAAAAUUGUCAAAUAAUCUAUCCUUUUAUCAGAACGAUUCUAAUGCCUAAUAAUUUGAAAAUAUAUAAAGUAAAUUAGAAAAAAAAUAAAUUUAUAAUUUGAUGGAUUAACCUUAAAAGUAAAAGGAUGAAAUGUAAUUGGAAUGUGGAAACUAAAAAGAUUAAUAAGAAAAUAAUAACGAGUAUUUUAAAUAAAAUGUACUUGAUAAUUAUAAUGGAGAUAACAAUUAAUUAUAUUCAGUUGCAUUUGAGAGUUAUAUAUAUUUAGAUUUAACAACUAAAUAAUUAAGUGUUAAAUAAUUCACUUAUCUUUUAGGAGAGGCCUUAGCUUUACCUUGUAUUGAUAAUAUUAUAACAAAAAAAUGAAAGAGUGAC